GCGUCCGCUCGGUUGGCGCGAAAGUCGGUUCCCGAUCUCGGCCCUUCCGGGUUGUGCAGCGUUAGCUUCGGGCUGGGGGCGCCGCCGAGGGCGGGGGCUGCGCGCCGGGCUGGCGCCCGACCCCAGCCGCCGUCCUGCCGGCCGCGCGCCCCCCGACUUGAUGCCCGUGGGCCCUCGGGCUCCACCUAGUUCAGCUAUGUCCAGAAAUGACCAAGAGCCGUUUCUUGUGAAGUUUUUAAAGUCUUCGGACAAUUCAGAAUGUUUUUUUAAGGCUCUUGAGUCAAUAAAGGAAUUACAAUCAGAAGAUUAUCUUCAGAUUAUUACAGAUGAGGAAGCAUUGAAGAUAAAAGAGAAUGACAAAUCGCUUUAUAUCUGUGACCGUUUCAGUGGCGCUGUUUUUGAUCAUCUUAAACAGCUUGGCUGCAGGAUUGUUGGUCCUCAAGUAGUCACGUUUUGUAUGCGCCACCAGCAGUGUGUCCCAAGAGCUGAGCAUCCAGUCUACAACAUGAUUAUGUCUGAUGUAACUAUAUCAUGUACAAGCCUUGAUAAAGACAAAAGGGAAGAAGUUCAUAAAUACGUACAAAUGAUGGGUGGACGAGUAUACAGAGACCUUAAUGUAUCAGUCACUCAUCUCAUCGCAGGAGAAGUUGGGAGCAAAAAAUACUUAGUUGCUGCUAAUCUGAAGAAACCUAUUAUGCUUCCUUCUUGGAUAACAACACUUUGGGAGAAGUCACAAGAAAAAAAAAUAACCACAUACACUGACGUAAACAUGGAAGACUUUAAGUGUCCUGUUUUUCUUGGUUGCAUUAUCUGUGUGACUGGCUUAAAUGGUAUACACAGAAAGACAGUCCAGCAACUUACAGCUAAGCACGGAGGCCAGUACAUGGGGCAGUUGAAGAUGAAUGAGUGUACACACCUCAUUGUGCAAGAACCAAGAGGACAAAAAUACGAAUGUGCCAGGAGAUGGAAUGUGCACUGUGUGACCCUGCAAUGGUUUCAUGACAGUAUUGAGAAAGGCUUUUGUCAGGAUGAAUCUAUAUACAAGGCUGAACCUAGAGCACAAGUAAAGACGGUGCCUGAUACUUCAACACCCACUGCUCAGAGCAAUGCCACGGCUGGAAGUCACACACUCUCAGAUGUCAGCCAUAUAUCCAACAUAAAUGGCAGCUGUAUAAAUGAAACAAUGUUUGGUUCAACCACUAGCAAACUUGAAUGUUCACUUGAAAACCUAGAAAAUCUGGACAUCAGUAUGUUUCAAGCUCCUGAAGAUUUAUUAGAUGGCUGUCGGAUAUAUCUUUGUGGUUUUAGUGGCAGAAAGCUUGAUAAGCUGAGAAGGCUUAUUAACAGUGGAGGUGGAGUUCGAUUUAAUCAACUAAAUGAAGAUGUAACUCAUGUAAUUGUGGGAGAUUAUGAGGAUGAUGUGAGGCAGUUCUGGAGCCGAUCAUCUCACAGGCCUCAUGUAGUGGGAGCAAAGUGGUUGCUGGAGUGUUUUAGUAAAGGAUAUAUACUUCCUGAAGAGUCCUAUAUCCAUACCAACUACCAGCCAGCUGGAAUUCAAGGUUCAGAUCAGCCCGGAAACCAGACAGCUGCCUUAGAAAAGAGUGGCACAAUCUCUGAGAAAGACUUCGUUCCUAGUGAGAAGCUUCAGCAAGCUGAUGAGGAUCUGCUUGCUCAGUAUGUAAAUGAUGGCCCCACAAUAGUUGAAGCUAAGCUGUCUGAAGCUAUAGCGCCUGAAGUUGGGCCUUGCACUGGUUCUGCUCACCUUGAGCCCUGUGAUGAUUCCACUCACAUUUCUGUGCAAGAGGAAGAAAACAAGCCACCUUUCAGUCACUGUCUCCUUGAUGGCUCUACAGUUCCUGAGGAAGGCUUAUUUAGCCAAAAGAGUUUCCGUGUUUUGGGUUUUAGUGUUGAAAAUGAACGAAAUAUUAUAAACAUCAUAAGAGAGCAUGCUGGCAAGAUUGUGUCCCUUCCCAGCAGAAUGGUUGCUGACUAUGCUGUGGUUCCACUGCUGGGAUGUGAGGUAGAAGCCACUGUGGGAGAAGUUGUUACAAACACAUGGCUGGUUACCUGUAUAGACAACCAGACAUUAGUUGAUCCCAAGUCGAAUCCCCUCUUCACACCAGUCUCAGUAAUGUCGGGAAUGACUCCUCUAGAGGACUGUGUGAUUUCCUUCAGUCAGUGUGUGGGAGCAGAAAGAGACUCCUUGGUAUUCUUAGCAAAUCAUCUUGGAGCAAGUGUUCAAGAAUUCUUUGUUCGCAAAUCCAAUGCAAAGAAAGGCAUGCUUGCCAGUACACAUCUUAUAGUCAAAGAACCUACUGGUUCUAAAUAUGAAGCUGCAAAAAAAUGGAGUUUGCCUGCAGUUAAUAUUUCAUGGCUCUUAGAAACUGCCAGAAUGGGAAAGAAAGCAGAUGAAAACCAUUUUCUGGUUGACAGUGCACCUAAACAAGAACAAGUAUUAGAAACUAAGAUACCAAAUGGAGUGAAUUCAAAUCUAGAUUCUCCAGCACAUCCUGACACACACUUGGAAAUUCACAGAAAAAGGGCUGUUACACCUUUGGACAUGAACCGCUUUCAGAGUAAAGCUUUCCGUGCUGUCAUCUCACAGCACAAUAUGCAGGACCCCGCGUCCCCUGUAAGGCAGCCACUGAGGAAGGAGCCCUCCUUACACCUGGACACACCAUCAAAGUUUCUGUCCAAGGACAAGCUUUUCAAGCCAUCCUUUGAUGUGACGGAUGCACUUGCAGCCUUGGAAACCCCAAAUGCUGCCAGCCAGAAGCGGAAACUGAGCUCACCACUCUCUGAAGUCAUCGUCAGAAACCUGACAGUUGCUUUGGCAAAUAGUUCCCGAAAUACUGGCAGUCUUUCUGCCAGCCCUCAGCUGAAGGGUGCCCAUUUGGAGGAGGAAGAGACUCCGAAACCACUUGACAAAGUUGUGGUGUGUGUGAGUAAAAAGCUCAGUAAGAAGCAGAGUGAACUGAAUGGGGUUGCAGCCUCACUGGGCGCAGAGUACAAGUGGAGUUUUGAUGAGACAGUUACUCAUUUCAUUUACCAGGGUCGGGCAAAUGAUAGUAAUCGAGAAUAUAAAUCUGCAAAAGAAAGAGGUGUGCACAUCGUGUCCGAGCAUUGGCUAUUAGAGUGUGCUCAAGAGUAUAAGCAUCUUCCUGAAUCUCUUUAUCCACAUACUUACAAUCCCAAAAUGAGCUUGGACAUCAACACAGUGCAAGAUGGGAGGCUCUGUAACAGCCGGGCACCUUUGGACAUCAGCAGAGUGCAGGAUGGGCGGCCCUGUAACAGCCAGGCACCCUUGGAGGUUUCUGCGUCUAAGGACGAUGGGCCAGGUCAUCUGUCUGUAGAAAGAAAUGAGACCGACACCAUGGGCACAAAUAACAAAGAGGCAACUCUGUUGAACGGGAAUGGAAGAGAUGACUGUAAAGGAGCUCUGACCCAGGCUUUGGAGAUGAGAGAGAAUUUCCAGAAGCAACUGCAAGAGAUCAUGUCAGCAACCUGCAUCGUGAAGACGCUGGCCCAGAAGACUAGCAUGUCAAGAAGCAGUUGUAACAGUGCUUCUUCAACUCCUGACAGUGCUCGCUCUGCUCGGAGUGGACGAAGCCGAGUCCUGGAGGCGCUCAGGCAGUCUCGACAGAUAGUACCUGAUAUCAACACAGAGCCCUCCCAAAAUGAGCAGAUCAUUUGGGAUGACCCAACAGCAAGGGAGGAGAGAGCAAGGCUCGCCAGCAACUUACAGUGGCCUAGCUGCCCAACACAGUAUUCUGAGCUUCAGGCUGAGAUAAGAAAACUGGAUGAUUCUCCUUCUCGAAAGCCUGUAUACCAUUCAGAAAUUGCUGAGCUGGCCUCGUGUGUGACUCAAGCCCCAGAGCACCCAGGCUCUGAAGAACCAGAAACUCUGGCAGCAGAAAGGCAUCUGAUCCCCGAGCCUCAAGCCUCCGCCCUGGCUUUCUCCCUAGCUAAGCCUCCUGUGGCCCCACAGCCUGUGGACAAGAUUGAAACACUGGAGGAGACGCACGUAAAACUUAAAAAACAGUAUGUGUUCCAGAUGUCAUCUCUGAAUUCUCAAGAUCGGAUUGAUUACUGUCGCCUGAUUAAAGACCUAGGUGGGUCGCUGAUUGAGAAGCAGUGCUCGGACCCCAGCUGCACACAUAUGGUUGUGGGAUACCCACUGCGCAAUGAGAAGUACUUAGCUUCCAUGGCAGCUGGUAAAUGGGUGCUUCAUCCCUCCUACCUAGACGCUUGCAAGACAGCUGGGCGCUUUGUGCGGGAAGAAGACUAUGAGUGGGGAAGUAGCUCCAUACUUGAUGUUCUCCCUGCCGUCACUGAGCACCAGCAAAAGCUAGCACUUGCAGCAAUGAGAUGGAGGAAAAGAAUCCAGCAAAGUCAAGAAGCAGGCAUUAUUGAGGGAGCAUUUAGUGGCUGGAAAGUUAUUUUACACGUUGAUCGGCCCCGAGAAGCUGGGUUCAAGCGCCUUCUCCAGGCAGGAGGAGCAAAGGUGUUACCUGGUCAUCCAGAACCUUUGUUUAAGGAUGCUACACAUCUCUUCUGUGACUUCAAUAAACUGAAACCUGAUGACUGUAGAGUUUUCAUCACAGAGGCUACUGCCCAGAACAUGGUCUGCUUGAAAACUGAAUAUAUCGCUGAUUAUCUUGUGCUGGAGUCCCCCCCUUGUGCAGAUAAUUACCGUGUAUCAGAAGCUACUUUAUUCCAUAAUAAGGAAGGUGGGCCUGGAUUACCACAGAAGAGGAGAACUCCUGCAGAGAAUGUCGGCAAACGGCCUCGAGUGCGCUGAUGUAGCCACCCCACAACCCAUGUUUUUUGAGUUUAGUGUGCUUGCCUAAAAUGCGUAAGGCCAAUCCCCAGCAGUGCGUAGGAAAAUUUUCAGCUACAACCUGUGAUGCAUUGUGUAUACGUUUAAAGGCAUAAAUCUGAAGGACUUUGCUUCAGAUUCUAAUGAUCCUGUAAAGUUGAUGCCUUUAACCUGAAUUUGAAUCACUGGAUAUUAUUGACUGUUCCUAAUAAAAAAAGGAAUUUAACUAGCUUGUCAAGCAACACUGAGUACAUAGGACUUUUCUUGUAAAUAUACGAGGCUAUAGAAGUUUUAACAAAAUUUGUUUCAAAAAAAUGUCUUAGUUCAUAAAAGCAAAAGUUACACAUUAGGGUUAUUUCAUGUUUUCAGGAUUUUUAUAUAUGUAUUCUUGCCACUUAGCCUCUUUUUUAACAAUGAAGCUGGGGCUUUAAACUUAAAAUAUGUAUAUAUGUAAAUGUGUGUAUGUAUAAACUAUCAUUUGCCAAACAUGGGCACCAAAACUAUAAAGAAUAAAAAAAUAGCAACUCAAA